UCCCACACAGGGUAAAAACAAGCUGACUGUGUUCGUGUGCACUGGAUUUGGGGGUAAUUAUUAUAUGAGAGCCUGGUGCAGGGGGGCAGGAUGGCGUCUGCAUGCUGCCCUCACUGGAUGUGUCCGUGUGCUCAGCUCAUAAAGUCGGAACAUUACGGCAAGGAAACGAGCUGCGAGCAGGAGGAACUCCAACACACCAUUUCUUCUCCGACCAACAUGGACAUAGCGCUUUUAAAAGAGCAGUACAACUCCAUCAGGGAGAAACAGAAACGCGAAACCAGGGUGAUCUGCUUUGCGAAAGCAUCCUCUACCAAUGAGGAGAUCUCUGGGAAAUCCUUGGUCGACGUAGUUCCCAUGCGACGGGUGCAACAUGCCCUUGUGAGACAGGCAUCUGUCCAAGAAAAUCAGUUUGACUUUGUCAGGGACCCAGACAAUGCCACGUGGCGCACACACCUGGGAAUGCACCGCAGGACCUGCUCGAUUCCACCUUACAACCACAUGACCAACAAUGGAGACUCAACAUCAACCUCUACAGAUAACACCGUGCACAGUUUGGAGGUCACAGAGUCAAGUGAUCAGUUAUCAGAAGACUGUGAAGGUUAUGACAAUAGACAUCAUCUCUGUAAUAAAGUGCAGGAGGAUUGUGGAUCUGAGGGUUUCAGGAAGUUCUCUGCACCUGCUGUGCUGUCCAGACAGUUGAGCUGUGGGAGCUACCGGUCCACUCAUACCCCUGUGAGUCCAUACUACCCCUUCCCACAGCUCAAAUGUCCUAAGAAGUCUGAGGCAGCACGCAGGCUUGGACUUUAUUCAUCAUUCUGACAAAUAGGUUGCAAUGCAAAAACAAAACAGACCAAGGGCUGUGCAGUAUUGCUUUCUUACUUAUUCAUUUACAUUAUUGAUUUCCCUGAAGUAAUAAAGUGGUGACAGCAAAAUUCGGUCUACUUGUAUUCACCAAAAUGGCUGAAACUAUCAAAUCAUUAAAAAAGUGUUAAUUCCAGGUUUCAUGAGAGAUCUAGAUUUAUAUUUUCUGUAAUACAGCAGUGGCUUUAAAACCCAAUGUACAGCAUUUGUAUUGUUUAUAUUAUAGUCAUUCAUAUUAUUAUUAGAAGUAUUAUAGCAUUCUAAAAGGCUGCUCUGUCAGUGUAGUGUGUGUGUGUGUGUGUGUGUGUGUGUGUGUGUGUGCACGUCUUUGUAUGGAAGAGUGAGUGUUACUCAAGUGACUGCACACUUAGUGAGUAUUCUCAUGCUUUAGUUUCUUAAUUAAACCAAAUGUGGAAUUGUGGACAAACAGAUGCCAAGAAGAGCAUAAAAAAUUGCAAUCAGCGCCUCCUGAUAGGCCUUGUUUUGAAAAAAGAAAAAAAAAAGUUGUUUCUUGUAUGCUCCUUCACAACUUUUCAGGUAAAGUUUUUUUUUAUGCAUUCCUUCUAUCAAGCCUUAGACUUCUUUUAAAACUGUACACAUGCUGUGAAAAUAAAAAUGUUUUACACAUUG